AUGACAGUUCUGACAAUCUUUCACCUCCUCAUAGUCCAGACGUUGCUAUCCAUCGUAGAAUAUGAUGAAGACCAUUGAACGCUUUCUUUCAGGCCUACAUAUAGUUGCUGUUUUAGUUGCUAUAUUAGGCAUAAUCUUUAAUUAUUGGUCCGUCUUAGCCGCCAUCUUUAUUUUGGAACUUGCCUGUCUGAACUUAGGGAAAAUUGUGAGACGAAAACCAAAGAAACAAAAAGCAUUGGAUCGCUGUGGUAGAGAGUACCAUAGCAUGUGUAAGGCACAGAAACAUUUGUCGAAUGAAGCAGAGUACUACAAAAAGGAAAACAAGAAAUUGAAGCUUGAGAAGAAGCGCUGGGAAGAAUUUCAGGUGAUUUUGACUGACAAAUUAGAUAAAUCAAAGGAGCAAUUUCAAUCUGAAUUAGAGAAGAAGGAUCGUCACAUUGUCCAUUUGACGAGGAGGAUUGCUAAACUGGAAUCUGCUGAAACAGCAUGGAAAGUGAAAUUGGACUUUGAAAAGGAUAAAGUUAGAGGAUUGAAAAGGGAAGUUGGAGUGAAAUUAGAAGAAAUAAGCGAUUUGGAACGUAUGAAGGAAGACGAUCUUACAUCUUUUAAUGAGAGGCUAAGUACUGUGCAAGCUGAAUUUGAAGCUGCGGCUAAACAUCUUCUUGUUGCAGAGGAAUUGAAUCAUCAGCUUUGUGCUCAGCUUCAAAUCGAGAAAGUCCCCAUAUUUAAGAAGGACUUGCCACUCAUACCUGUCUGUGCCAGGUCACCAAGUAAUAUCUAUUAUUCACUGAAUAACAAUACUAGUGACCUUUCUAAUGGAUAUGGCUUAAAUAUUGGUGACGUUCCGCCUUCUUUCGCUGAUGUAAAGUAUAUGGACAUUGUAGCUGAAAAUUAUAAAUUGCAAGAUAUUCAAAACAUUGUUGCUAGUGACUCUAUUGAUAAGACUGAUUAUUAUGAUCGUUGUCGAUUGUCUUCUGAUUCUGCAGAUCCAUUGGAGAAAAUACCAUCUAGUUUGCAUUCCAUAUGGAUUGGAGCUAGGCAUGUUACGUAGUAUUUUGCGUCUUUGGCCCUAGUGUGUGAACAGGGCUUAUAGUAUCAAGGUUGUGACCUGAUAAUUCCCAGAACGUUAGUCGACGCUCUUACCAGUUUGUUCCUCAUUGGUGAUACUAGCAAGACUGUUUAUGUCUCGCUGAACCAUAUAAAACUUUAUAUAAUUGAAAAAAAUGAUAGACCCUUCCAAUAGUAUUUAAUAAAUGUAUUAUGAAGUAUUUAAUUAAUUAAUACAGUAUUAUUUUCUAUUUACUUUUACUUUAU